AUGGCCUCUCUGCAUACCCUCCCCGCUGAAAUCCAGAGUGGUAUCUUCCGCCUCUUAGACCCCGCCAGCCUCGUCUCUCUCAGUCAGACAUCGAAACAGUUCCGAGAGAACAUUCGGCCAACCCGCAAACAUUUUGUGGAAAGACUCCUUCAGCUCGAAUGUGACGAGACAAAAGGCGGUGUUACUCCACGAUUCAACGCGAGAAAUAAUCAGCUAAGCCCAGACUGGACUCAACCUGAGUGGAAGGCGAUGCGCUGGGCCUGUAGUGGAUGUCUUCGUCUACUUCCCCACGAGUCUUUUGACAAUCACUCCAUUCUCCGACUGGCAUACCGCAAGCCUAUUCCUGGUUCCCCCGCCGCAGAGGACAUCACGAGCUGGGAAAUAUCACCCAAAAUUAACCCACGCCUGCCACAUCUUCGACGAGACAAUCGCAUCCAAAAACUACCUACCGACGAAAUGAAAAUUCGACGAAGAUACAGUCUCGCCAUCUCAAACAAAUGGAGCGAGCUGCCCUCUUCACCCAUUAUCCGUGGACGAUACAUCGAGCUUCAAGGCUGCGACUGGACGGUCUUCGAAAACAAGUCGAUCUCCGAGUUCACCAACAUGGAACCUGAGCAAAAAAAGGUUCUUUUCGAUCAGGAGGUAAAAGCCAUCGAGCAAGUCCGGUGCGGAAACAAGCGACACCUACGCAAAUGCCACGAAUGCCGCUACAAGUCUGGUCAGUUGAAGCCUAGCCUAAAGGGCAGCGAUGGCGUGGCCCGGAUCCCACUUACUACGGCCAGACAGUACAGGAUCCCAACGCCUUUGGAUCGUGUAUUCCCUCACUUCUGGGAAAUGUUCAAGAACAAACGGCCGGACGUUGACCCGCCCGCCUAUGCAGUGUACCGACAAUACUCACGCGACCGCUUCUACCCUAUGCUGAUGAUUCGGUGUCCUGACUGCGAGGAUUGGAAGGAAGCUCGGAUGUUCGAGAUGGGCUCUAUUCAUGCACGAUGGCAACUCGACGAGUAUCAGCCAUACCUUGAUGACUCAUCCCUUGGAAAACAUCUAACAGCAACCGGAGAUGGCCUCUCACGGGGGAAAUUCGAUGGGUUACGUUGCCACGCAUGCUACGCGCGAAAGUACGGACGCGAAGCCCUUGGACUCGAAGUGACACGCUCGCUGAAGAAAAUACUCUCCCGCGCGGAAUUGGGACUACGGCAGCGACUCGGCGAUGGCUGGCGGAUCCUUCUUGCUAUAUUCGAUUCGGAUAACUUUCCCAAAAGGCUACUGAAGGAACUGCACGAUAUCGUGGAUGAACCAAAUAAACUCGCACACGAGGAAGACCGAAAGGACGCAUUCACAGCGGAGGAGCUGGCCUUUUUCCGAGAGCGUUAUGAAUGUUUUAUGAAAUUUCGGCAGGGAGUUAUUGAUAACGAAAAUGCGCAGUUCAUCCAUGAUGGUGAGCAUGGAGUGGGCACCGACUGGAAUUAUCUAUGGACACACAUGUACGGUGACAUGGAGAACUUUUACAAAUGGAUCGUGGCGGUGCAGGUGGAGGUCGAGCAAAAACCUGAAAAGCUGGCGGACUGGGCACUGGGCGAUUCGAUCAAGAAAAUGCCUCCUGUAACUACGGCGCCGUAUGUGAGGAAGCCAUGGUAG